AUGAGUAGCAGCGCUGAGUCAGGCCGCGACUCGCAGACCAUCACGCUCUCUUCGUACCGUACACUGGGCUUUGCCGAAUACGGCUCUCCUACAGGCUAUCCUCUCAUUUACUUUCACGGCUUUCCUUCCUCGCGCCUGGAGGGCGAAAUCCUCCACAAAGCGGCCCGAAAACGCAAUAUCCGGGUCGUUGCACCGGAUCGCCCAGGUUUUGGGUUGAGCACGUAUGAUCCUAACUACACCAUUACUAGCUGGGUGGAGGAUGUCCGUGAGCUGGUGAAGCAGCUCAAUCUACAGCGGUUUGCUGUGCUAGGUCUGAGUGGUGGUGGACCGUAUGCGUUGGCAUGCGCUAAGGACCUGCCUGCGAGUAUGAUGACAAGCGUGGGCGUAGCGGUGGGGAGUCCGUAUUGGGCGGAGGGUGGCUUUGGUGACAUGCCGUGGUGGAGUCGGAUCUCGUACUGGUUGGUGAAAUACGCGCCUGGACCGGCGACGCUUCUAGUCAGUGGACUCGUGGGAGUGACGAGGCUAGUCACUGGGACGAGCUGGGGGAAGCGAAUGAUUGAUAAGGCGGUGGAGGCAGAGAGGAAGAAGCAGAAGGAGAAAGGUGAAAGUAACCAACUAGGUGGGAUGGAUCCUUUACAGGGCGAACCGAUCGAGGAGUCCAGACAAGGUCUACUGAGAGCGCUAUUCGAGCCUUUUACACAGGGGUCCAAGCCAACGAUACGGGAGUUGAAGCUCUUCACGAUAGAUUGGGGGUUUGAGCUGAAGGAGGUGGGGUACGACAAGGUAAUGAUGUGGGGUGGAACGAAGGAUGUGAAUGCUCCCAUCAGUGGAGUGAGGUAUAUCGCUAGUGCAGUGCAGCACUCUGAGCUCAGGGAGUAUGAAGGCUCCCAUGGGGAGAUCGUAACCCAAGUCGACGAUAUACUGGAUACGCUGGUGCCGGAGGAAGCCCGACAUCUGCUCUGA